GCCCCUGGCUUGAUCGUUUCUCUUAGCAUUGCGGAAACAGAUCGGGACAAAAUAAUUAUCAAAAUGGGUGCCUCUCUGGACACCCCGGCCGCGUGUCCUUUAUGCCAUGAACUGAUGCGGGACGCCGUCACCCUGAAAUGCAACCAUCGUUUUUGCCAGCGCUGUAUUGGGGACUUAUGGAGCGUCUCUCCAAACGGGCCGUACCACUGUCCCGAGUUUAGGUGCAAAACAGUGUACAAAACCCUUCCGUUUGAGGGCAUCGGGACACAGCCAUCCCCUCCGAGUCAACGAGCGCACCUUCACAGCACCGCAGGUACAUCUAGCAGGGAUGAAGUCGGGACUUCUGGCUGGAACCUGAGGAGGCCGUCCCUCCCCAACCGCUUCCUGGGGAAGAGAAAGGCCAGCGCACCUGUCUCAGAGCAACCUGUCACAAAGCGACCAACUGUAAAGUCUCCAGCUCAUACUGACCCUGGGCCUUCCACCACCUUCCCGUCAGAUCAACCUAGCCAGUCAGCCAAUGCAGAGGCAUCCAAGAAAGCAGAGAUACCAGAAUCUGUACAACCUGAUGAUGUUGAUUGCAUCUCAUCUACCGACUCCUCUGGCAGUGAUGUAGCCACAACAAGUGAUGUGCCUGAAGACAUCUCCAUCCCGCAGAACAAGCCUGGAUCACAGCACACCCUCACAUCCGAUGACUCUGAAGGCUCCAGUGAAGUUGAUACAUGUGAUGCACCUGCAUGUGUAACCCCCAGGAAAGCGACACAAGUGACAGAAUCCCAUGAAUCAUCGAAGACACAUGCCUCCACAGCCAGCUCAAAUCACUCUCCUGGUGUUACCACUCCAGGAAAAGAAAAAUCUCCCUUGUACCGUGGCAGCUGGCCACCACGGAUGUUCGCCAAAAAUGCUGCAGCCACCUCAGCCUCCCCGAAGCGUGGUGGCAUUUUUACCCGGCCUGAGAGCACCAGCAAUGGCCCAGUUGUUUGUCAUUACUGCCCCACUACAGGGCAGCAGUCUGCAGUGAAGACCUGCCUGGUGUGUGGGGCCUCCAUGUGUGCAGAGCACCUGCGUCCUCACCUGGACUCCCCUGUCUUCCAGAAUCACACCCUUGUUGCCCCCAUGGAGGACAUCUCCCUGUGGAGGUGCCAGGAGCACCAAGAGAUGAAUCGUAUUUACUGCCAGCAGUGUGCAGUGUGUGUGUGCACUGUGUGUACUGUCAUCGGCUCCCACCGCGACCACACCUGCGUCAGCAUAAGAGAAGCGGAGAAAGAGCUUAGGGGGAACCUGAAAGAGGAGAUUAAACAGCUGCAAGAAACUGAACAAGUACUGAUGAUCACACUGGCUGAACUCACACAGAAGAAACAGGACUUCCAAGUGGUUUUAAGUGAGGCAAGAGCAGGGGUGCACCAGCAGUACGGGGCCAUGAGAGAGGCUCUGGAGCAGGAGGAGCAGUCAGCUCUUCAGUGUGUGGUGCAGGAGGAGAGCAGGGCUCUAGGAAGCCUGGAGGAACGGCUUCGCUAUCUCCAGAGCUCUCUGAUAUCCAUCCAACAAGGCCUGCACACUCUGGAGGGCUUGGCUGAUGCCAAAGGGGACAAACGUGUCCAGGACCAGGCCUUCAUUAUGGAAUACAGCAAGAUAAGCCAAAUGGUCAGUAACCUGGGGAGCUCUGAGGAGGAGCUGGAGGCUCCAGAGGAGGUGGACCAGGCACGGCUGAAAUAUCUGCAGAAAUGGACAGAGAAACGUCUGGAUACAGUGGUCAUCUCUCUGCCAGACAGAGGCCCCUACAGUCUUCUGCAUGGGACCAUUCCCUCCCUGGAUGCAGACACAGCUCACCCCAAACUGCUGCUGUCUCUAAACAACAAGAGAGUGACCUACAGUGACCUACAGCAGGCCUACCCAGAGCAUGUGGCUCGAUUCACCUCCUUCCCACAGGUCCUGGCCUCCCGUGCCUUGGAGGGGGGCCGCUGGUACUGGGAGGUGGAGGUGUCUUCAGAUGAGGGCCGCUGGAAAGUGGGACUGUGUGAAGGUCAGAUGGGCAGGAAGGGCCAAAAGGAUAACUGCCGCCUAGGCUUCAACCCACAGUCCUGGUGCCUGGGCAGCGAGAAGAAGAAGGUGGAAGCUAUGCAUGACAAGGUGGCAGUUCCUGUGGCUGUAGAGGGGCUACAGAGGGUGGGAGUCUUUCUGGACUUUGAUGAGGGUAUUUUGUCAUUCUUUAAUGUGACACCAGGGGGCAGUCUAGCUUUACUGCAUUCUUACAAGCACAGUUUCCGUGAGCCGCUUUACCCAGCUUUGUAUGUGUUUAAAACACAGCUGACCAUCAGCGAACUGUUCCAGUGAUCACAAUAGAAUGAUGGUUUGUGAAGUCUGAUGAGAUUUUAGAGAAUACACUGUAUCGCUGUGCCUUUUUAUAUUUUAAAAGCAUUUACUCAUAGUCAGUGUUCUAGUUUGUAAAACCUGCUGUGGUGUGAUAGUAAUAUCACAUAUAAUGUUGCACCUUUGCAAAAAUCCUUCAAUGUGAUUUUUAUAUCAUCUCAUAAUUGUGCUACAGAAAUUAUGUGUAGCUACACCUUCAACAUUCCAGACCUGGAUUGCAUAUCCUCAAAAAUAUGAUUUUCACCAAGCCGCAAUUUGAACUUUUAUACCUUUUCUUUUUUUUUUAAAUUCAGAUCAAUCAUAAACAAAUGGCUUAUUUUUUCUAUGGGGAGUGUAUGAUAGCAGUGGAAAGCAAUGCGGGUUUGCAGUCUCUAAGCUAUACUGUGAGUCUAUGAUGACAUAUUGCCUACAGUAAUACAUUAAGAAAUGUGUCAACAACAAAAUAAAGUCUGAAUCACUCUU